AUGGCGGAAUUUCUAACAGAAGCGGCUCCCAACACUUCCUACUUCACCCCGAAGCAGGUCCCGCCCGCUGGCACAGCCGCACCGUCCAAGGAUAGCCAACCAAUUCCAUCGCUCUUCCAGCCCCUCAAGAUCCGCGGGGUUGAUUUCCAGAACAGGCUCUUUGUAGCACCUAUGGCCCUAUCCUCUGGAAGCAGCGAGGGUGCCGUCACCCCAUUCCAUACUGCACUAGUGGGCGGGAUCAUACUGCACGGACCGGGGCUCACCAUCCUCGAGGCGACCGCCAUCUCCCCAGAGGGCCGCGUAACGGUACACGACGUCGGCCUGUGGUCCGACGACCAAGUCGCACCCCUCCGCGCGCUCGUCGAGUUCGCGCACAGCCAGGGCCAGAAGAUCGGCGUCCAGCUCGCCCACGGCGGGCGCAAGGGCUCCCUCGCGCCGCCGUGGCAGGCGAGCUACGUCCCCAUCCCGAACGCCCUGGGCGGAUUCCAGGACGACCUCGUUGCGCCCUCCCCACUCGAGCGGGCGGCGGCGGAGCCACAUCCGCCGAAGGAGCUCACGAAUGCAGAGAUCCAGGAGAUCGUCGCAAAGUGGGGCGCCGCGGCGAAGAGGGCGGUCGAUGCGGGGGUCGACGUGAUCGAGAUUCACGCCGCGCAUGGUUUCCUGCUGCACCAGUUCUUGAGCCCGGUGACAAACAAACGCACGGACGAGUAUGGCGGGAGCUUUGAGAACCGCGCGCGGCUCUCGGUUGAGGUGGUGGACUCGAUCCGCAAGAACAUCCCGGACUCUGUCCCGCUCUUUCUGAGGCCCUCGGCGACCGACUGGCUGGAACAGGUCCUCCCCAAUGAGCCAUCAUGGCGCCUCGAGGACACGAUCCGCCUCUCCGAGCUCGUCGCGGCGCAUGGCGUCGACCUCAUCGACGUCUCCUCCGGUGGACUUGACUCGCGGCAGAAGAUCGAAUUCGUCGCGCCCGCGUAUCAAGCGCACCUCGCGGAGGCCAUUAAGAAGGCCGUCGGCGACCGCGUGCUGGUGGGCGCGGUUGGCGGGAUCAAGACGGGCACGGUCGCGCAGGAGGUGCUAGACAAGGGCCAGGCGGACGUCAUCCUCGCAGGUACGGUGUUCUUGAAGAACCCGGCUGCGGUCGAGACGUUCGCGGAGGAGCUAGGGGUGGAGGUCAAGAUCCCGAACCAGACCGACUGGGUGUUUAAUGGGCGGGGGAGUAUCUGGCGCUGGAAGAAGUAG